AUGUACCGUGCUCCGGUCAGACCCCAGCGGAGUCCCGGAGCUCCGCGUCCGGCGGGAAGGUUUCCCUCCCCGGUCUCCUGCUGGGGUUUUCCCGGAGCUCGCUCCCCGUAUGGAGGGUCCGGCUAUCGCGAAGGUUCUCCCCGGGGCUGCCCCGCUUACUCUCCGGGUUCCCCGGUUUAUUCUCCGGGCUCUAACCGAGGAUGCUGGGACGGUUCUGCGGCCAGGUUCGGCAGCGGGUCCCGGGGCUUCGGAGGACAGAUGCGGCGCAGAGGGGACGGUUUCCGGCGGCCGCAGUCCUUCAGUCCCGGUUCAGCUCAGAAGUUCCAGGUAAAGUUUCAGUCCUCAGACUCUUCAGUGGAGAAAUAUUUCAGUCCAUCGAUGCUGCAGGAUCCCUGGGCAGCUCUGCAGCCGAUCAGAGCAGCAGAUGCAGCUGCAGCAAGACACGCAACAUGACAGUAAACAACAACAACUGCA